UUUUGUCUAGCUCAAAACCUUGAAAUUUAUCACAACAACACACAAACACAAAAUCUGUUUUUGCUUGCAAGUCAAAGAAAACAACCGUACACUAUACACUAUACACACAAAUACACAAACAAAAGUACCCUCAAAUACCCAUCCAAACCUUCUUCUUUCCUUUUUUACAAAACAUCCAAAAAAACAUCUCAAGUUUUUCAACUAGAUCUUGUUUUUCUCUUGUGACUUAGCUUCAACAAGGUUUCUUUUUAUUAUUUAUUUUUGUUUUUGUGCCUAAGCUGGUUUAUAGUGUUGGAUAAGAAAGAUGGCGAAUCGGUGGUGGGAUGGAAGAACCACGGAGGCAAACCCGAACCCGGUUGAAGGAGAGAACCAAACCGGUUCGAACCGGGUCGUGUUACGAAGAGAGCAAGAGUUCAUGGAAAGCAACACCAACAACAGUAACAGUAACGUUACUCCAACGAUGAGUAACAACAGCACCGUCAACGUUAACGGCGAAGACGAAAACAACAAUGACCGUGACGGCGACGACCAGAACACCGGAAGCGGACGCCGUCCACGCGGCCGACCUCCAGGUUCGAAGAACAAACCGAAACCGCCGGUGGUGAUAACGAAAGAAACACCAAACGCUCUUCGUAGCCACAUCUUGGAAAUCGCCAGUGGAAGCGAUGUUGCUGAGAGUAUUUCCACUUUUGCCAACCGUCGUCACCGCGGUGUUUCGGUUCUCAGCGGCACCGGCGUUGUUACCAAUGUGACUCUCCGGCAACCGACAGCUCCGGGAGGUAUCAUUGCUCUUCAGGGGAGGUUUGACAUUCUGUCACUCUCCGGAGCUUUUUUGCCUCCGCCGUCUCCACCGGAGGCGACCGGGCUGACGGUCUAUCUCGCGGGAGUGCAAGGGCAGGUUGUGGGAGGAUUGGUGGUCGGAGCGCUGGUUGCGUCAGGACCAGUGAUGGUUGUUGCUGCUACUUUUGCUAAUGCUACUUAUGAGAGGCUACCAUUGGAAGAUGACCAAGGAGAAGAGGAAAACAUGGGACAAGAGGUUAAUAAUACUCGCAAUAUUAUUAACAACAAUGAUGGUGGUGGUGCUUCUGGUUCUUUGUCUGUUACUGGUUCUGCAAGUGGAAGUGGUGCAACAACAUCUCAUGGAUUAGGCGAAUUCAAUAUGAAUCCGAAUUUGAUGAAUGGUGGUGGACACAAUGUGGGACACGGACACGGACAUGAUAUGUUCUGGCGUCCGCCUCCACCACCUUAUUAAAUUUGGGAAUUAUGAUUACUACAUUACACUGAUACUUGUGUUGCUUUCAUGUGAUCAAGUUUGGAGUGUUUUGUUGUAAUAUGUUCUUGUUCUAGCUACCUAGCAAGCCAGUUUAGGGUGUUUUUAUUUGAUUUGGUUUCGUUUUCGGUUUUAGUUUUACUACUACAAAGACUCCUUCCUAAAUUCCCAUAAUUUUGACUUAAACUUUGUAGUAGUUUUUCAAUGUUUAUCUGGGAAUUUUAUAUGUUCAUUACAGUUAAUAAUAAUAAAUGGAUUUUGUUUGGGAA